AUGGCCUCCGUCACUGUCAAAGGCGCAGAAGGCCGCCAGAUCUCCGUGCCCACGGGGCUUUUCAUCGACAACGCCUUUGUACCUGCUACCGGCAACAGCACCAUAGACAUCGAGAACCCGUCCACCCGCGCUCUCCUCGCCACCGUCUCGGCGGCUCAGGCCGAAGACAUCGACCGAGCAGUUCAAUCCUCGAAGAAGGCGUAUACGACAUGGAAGAACGAGUCACCCAGUGUCAGGCGGGCCCUGCUCAACAAGCUCGCCGAUCUUGUCGAGAGAGACGCGUCCGAGUUCGCGUCGCUUGAGUCUGUUGAUGGUGGAAUUUUAUACAAGGACUCAAUGGGCCUCCACGUCCCGCAGUCGAUUGAUACCCUACGAUAUUUCGCUGGCUGGACGGACAAGGUCGAUGGCGUUUCCAUGUCAAUCCCCCAGGGACUGGCAUACACGCGCCGUGAGCCCAUUGGAGUUUGCGCCGCCAUCGUCCCCUGGAACGCGCCGUUGAUGAUUACAAUCUGGAAGGUUGCGCCUGCGCUCGCAGGAGGUAACACCCUGGUCAUUAAAUCCCCCGAGAUGUGCCCCUUGUACGCCCAGAAGCUCGGCGCUCUUAUUGCCGAGGCUGGCUUCCCGCCUGGUGUCGUCAAUAUUCUCUGUGGUCUUGGCUCUGUUGCCGGCCAAGCGCUUUCCGAGCACAUGGAGGUCAAGAAGCUUUCCUUCACCGGAAGCUCCGGUGUGGGACGCGCGAUUCUCGCCACUUCAGCCCGAACGAACUUGAAGAAGAUUACUUUAGAGCUGGGCGGCAAGGGCCCUUCUAUUGUCUUUGCCGACGCAGACUGGGAGAAUGCGCUCCUCUGGACUACGUUGGGCAUCACGGUGAAUAACGGCCAGAUCUGUGCAGCAGGUAGCCGUAUUUACGUCCAGGACACCAUCUACGAUAAGUUUGUCGAGGAGUUUAGCAAGCGCAGUCGCGCAGCAGUCCAUGGCGACCCCCUUCUCUCAGAAACGACCAAGGGUCCUGUUAUGAACGCUGGCCAGCUUGAGAAGAUGUUGGCAUAUGUCGAAAAAGGCAAGAAGGCCGGCGCAAAGCUGCUCCAUGGCGGCGAGAGGCUUGGAACGGAGGGCCACUACUUUGCCAACACGGCGUUUGCCGACGUAUCUCAAGACGCACCUAUUAUGCAAGAGGAGAUCUUUGGACCUUUUGCGAGCAUUGCCCCCUUCAAGACGGAGGAGGAAGUUAUCGCCAAGGCGAAUGGUACUCUAUACGGUCUGAGCGCUGCUGUCUUUACAAAUGACCUGAACAAGGCUUUCCGUGUUACAGAGGGCAUCGAGUCCGGCCAAGUCACCGUCAAUACUUGGGGAACCGUCAAUGCCAACACUCCCUUUGGUGGAGUCAAGGAGAGUGGAUUUGGUCGUGACAAUGGAAAGGAGGCGCUCGACGAGUGGACAACGGUCAAGAGUGUUAAGUGGAAUAUUUUGCCGAGCAAGUUGUAA